ACAGAGCAAAAUAUUAUAUUGAAAUUGAAGUAUAACUUUUAGUGACGCCGGUAAAAUAUUUUGAAGCAAAUAUUUUAUUGAGUGAUACAAGAAGUUUUGAAAUAACAUGGCAAAUCGACGCCACGGUAGCGGUAAUCGAACAUAUUCUCAUAGUCCAAUGACUGUUAGCCCUUGGCAAGGUGGUUUACCACCGAAUAUGGGGCCACAACUUGGAGUUUCACAGUUAUCCGAUUCACAAGCUCAAUUAGCACUGGCUAUAACUAGCCUGUUAAGAUCUAAUAAUCCCUUACCAUCAAUGCAGCAACCCCCUUCACUUCUUAACUUACCUCAAGUUAACAAUCCUGGAAUUUCCGAUUACAGACAACAAAGUUAUGGCCGAUCGAAUCGGCCUAUUGAUAGGCGCAGCAGAUAUAGUGAUUCAAAGAGCUACGGUCGCAGAGAUGAUUCUCGUCGAAAUGAUUCACGUAAAUCCAGUAGUGGCACAAAUUAUCGUACCACUGUUACUGAUAAAUCAUCCAUCAAAAAAACCAAAGAUGACGAAUCGAAAAAUAAAAAUGAUUCUAAAACCGAGAGCUCGGAUGCCGAGAAUAUUGAAAAAAAUGACGUUAAUCGAGAUGAUGCUGAAAAUGAAGAAGAAAAUUCGAAUAAUAAAACUGAAAAGAAAGAAGUGAAGUCCAAAGAUGGUAAAUACAGUGGAAUACCAGUUCAUUUCUUGAAAUGUAUUCCAUGUGAUAAAAGUAUGUGGGAUGGAGAAUCUUUUGAAAAACAUUUACGUGGUCGAGCACAUAGUUUAGUUUUUGAAAGUUUGGAAGAUAGUUAUAAAAUUCAAGCUGAUAUGUUACGACAAAGUAUACGUUUAGGUGAAGAACGUAAAGCAAUUGAAUUGAAUCGUAUGAGACGAUUAGGCAAACAAGUUGAUAUGCGUAAAGGAAUUCACUGUAAUAUGUGCGAUUAUAAUUUUUAUGGAAGAGAAGCGGUACAUCGAAAAUCAGAUGGACAUCAAAAGUUGAAGCAGUUCUUACAUCCGCGUUGUAAACGUUGUCGAUUAGAGUUUCCUACUCGUAUUGAAUGGGAAGAACAUCGAUUAACACCGGAACAUUUAUUAAAACUUUUAAAUAGUCGAGAAAAUAUAGAAUCAAUGGGUUAUGAAAUUGAUGAAUCAGAAGAUUGUUUAUUAAAUACAAACGGUGGCGAAGAUGAAAAAGAAAGCGCUGAGGAAGGUGAAAAUAUAAUUUUUGAUGUAAACGAUGGAACAGAUUUCAUAGACAAUUUUGAAAAUCGUUUACCACAAUUAAAAAAGAAUCGAACGAUAGGUGCAAGUUUUAUAUCCGAAGUAACUGGUAGCUUCUGUAAAUUAUGUAAUCGAUUUUUCUUAACCAAAGAGACUUCUGAAUUACACACAAAGUCAAUAUGUCAUUAUGAAAAAUACAUUCAGUUAUUAAAGAAAAAACAUCAAGAAAAGAAGAAAGAGGAAGAGAGUUUAGAAAAUUUAAUAUCUGAAGAAUCAAAGACUGAAGAAAAUGUUAAACGUGAAGUCGAUGACGAUACACAUGAUGAUAAUGAGGGUAAUUGGAAACGUAGAAAAACUACAUCAGAUAGUGAAGAAAAUAUUGAAGAUACAAAAUCUACUACGAAAACCGAAAACUUGUAUGAUCCAAUGGAAGCAGACGAAGAAUAUCAAAAUAAACAAAAUGAAACUACUGAAAAAUUGACAACAAAAGAAGUGGAAAUAAAACAAGAAAAAUUAUCGACUCCUGUUAAAAGUGGUGCAACAAUUGCAGAAAUAGUUGUUGAAGAUUUAAAAGAUAGUGAAAAAAGCGAAGAUAAAGAAUCGUCACCUGUAGCUGUAGAAAUAAAAACUGAGACUCAAACACCAAAACCAAAAACACGACCUCGUAUUGGUCCCUUAUCAAAAACUAGAGGAAAUCGUUCUCAAUAAUUUACAUGAGUUUAUUUUUUUAUUAGUUAUAAAGGAAUAUCUAUUUUCAUUUAGUCUUUGGAGAGUUUUCGCACUUAUCGUUUAAAAUAACUGUUUCCGUUGAAAUAAAUAAAAUGACGUAGGAUUUUCUGUUUUAAUGAACAGGCAGGUUUCCUUAAAUUUAUUUAAUUGUAAAUAACAUUAUUUUUUGACCUCUCUUACUUGACAUUUGCAUUUAUUGAGCCUUUUGCUGAAUUGUUUAUUUAACCUACAAUUUAUUGACGUCUAAUAGCCCAAUCAUCUUAAGAUUUCAACUCGGAAUCUAACGGGAUAAACUGAAUACUUGUACAAUCUUUAUUUUGAUUGUAUAAAUUUAGUCUCAAAAUUCACAUAUGGUCACGUAUCAGCGUCUUUAGAUACUCAAAGUGAAAGUAGUAAGUACUAUACAACCUUUAUAAUAAAUAUAAAUACGAUUGAAGGGCCAUUUAUAUGACUUUAGAGACCACAUUUAUACAAGCUAUCAAAAUAAAGGUUUUUACAAAUAUUAAAACUUAGAUUCCGACGUUGAUCUUUUUUUCUUUGACAAAGAUAAGUGGUUACCACGUUUUCUGCUCGAAAUAACGAAUUGCGAAAACUCCGUAUUUAGUCAAAUUUCUC